GUGUUCAUGAUGGAAACACACAAUGCGACAGUAGCGUCUCUUGCCGCGCAGGUUGCCAAGUUCAGCGCAUCCAAGAUACCCUUUCGCAUAUAUCAUGGUUCCACGCUGUCGACACGAACGUCGUCUCGUGCACGCAAUCAAAUCAUCGACGUCAGCUCGCUGGACCAUGUGCUGCAAUUCGACGAGCUGGAGAAGACGGUACUCGUAGAGCCGAAUGUUCCCAUGGAUAAACUGGUGGAAGCUACCAUGGCAAAAGGAUUCCUGCCAAAGGUUGUCAUGGAGCUGCCGAACAUUACCGUUGGUGGUGGGUUUGCUGGCACCAGUGGCGAAAGCAGUUCCUACAAAUAUGGGCUGUUUGACCGCACCAUCUCGGGAAUAGAGAUUAUCCUCGGGAACGGUGAGGUUGUGUGGGCAUCCGCGGAGGACCACCGGGAUCUAUUCUUCACAGCUGCCGGGAGCUGUGGAAGCUUGGGCGUCAUCACGCUACUCAAAAUGGAGCUCGUCCAGGCCAGUAACUACGUCGAGCUGGAGUACAUACCAGUCAGUAGUACAGAAGAAGCAGUGAAGCAACUUCGACUUCACCAGGAUGAUUAUUCGGUCGAUUACAUGGAUGGCAUCAUGUACUCUUUGAAGAGCGGAGUGAUUAUGAUUGGGCGCUUGACGGAUGCGCCAAUGGAUAGGAAGAUCCAGAGCUUCGACCAGCCGGCAGACCCUUGGCUCUACAUACACGCCGAAGACAUUGUAAAGCGGACCCGGGGCGAUAAGACGACGUACCGGGAGCUCAUACCUACACAGUCGUACUUGUUCAGAUACGACCGGGGCGUCUUCUGGUCCGGACUACGGGCUUUCAAGUACUUUGUCACACCGUUCAACCGCGUUACUCGCUAUCUGUUGGAUCCUUUUAUGUACUCACGAACAAUGGUACAUGCGCUGCACCGGUCAGGUCUUGCAUCUCGGACAAUCAUCCAAGACUACGGGGUGCCGUAUGAUAGAGCAGAUGAGUUCAUCCGGUGGAUUGAUGAGAAGACUGGCAUCUGGCCCCUUUGGCUGUGUCCUGUCAAAUCAGCACCAUUGGGCGAGCGUAGCUUCUCGCAGGGCAACAACAUCAAGGCCGACGUUCUGCUGGACGUGGGCAUCUGGGACAUGGGGCCGAAUAACGCUCAGGCCUUCAUCAAGCUGAACCGCGACUUGGAAGCAAAGGUGACGGCGCUUGGGGGCAUGAAGUGUCUGUACGCGCAUGCAUACUAUACCGAGCAAGAGUUUUGGGAGAUUUACGACGAGAAGAAGUACAUGGAGCUGCGCAGGAAAUACCACGCCGAGAGUCUGCCGAGCGUGUACGAGAAGGUGCGUGUCGAUCUGCAAGGCGUUGCUGGAGACAAGGGUACGCAGAAGAGACAGUCGUGGAGCGAAUGGGCAUACUGGCAAUUCUGGAGCACGUGGCCGAUGGGGGGACUGUACGGAGUUGCCAGCGCGACAAAGGGGUUGUUUUUCAAAAGCGAUUUUUUGCUGAAAAAGUAAGAAGGGGUACAUGUGCGUAGGUACAUAGGCGUCAGUGUGUAGAGUAUGGAAGCUUGGAAC